AUGAUACUGCUCCUCGCCCUCAUUGCUUCGACGGUAUCGCCAACGCAGGCCUUUGGCUUACUGCUACGAAGCUCCGACUCGUGUCCAAGCAACUAUAACAAGUGUGCAGACAGCAAUUUGCCGGAUGAUUUCUGCUGCUCUAGCUCGUCAACAUGCAUCAGCCUGGACAACUCCAGCUCUGCUAUCUGCUGUCCAAGCGGACAGAGCUGUGACUACAUCGAAACAAUAACCUGCGAUGUGCAGCUCCAGAACGCAACAGCACAUCCCAAGAACUCUGUCAAGACAACGCGGCUGGAUGAUUCCCUCCCCAAAUGUGGUGACAAAUGCUGUCCAUUUGGCUACACCUGCACAGGAGACUCGCUAUGUGCCAUGAACACGUCCAGUGCAUCCACCCUUAGUGCCAGCCAGUCAUCCACAACUUCCACAACAGGGACCACAUCCUCCACAGGAGCCAUCACCUCCUUCACAACCUCCGCCUCUACAACCGAUGCCUCAAACCCCACCAUCGUCCCCGUCACGACUGGCUCCUCCAAGACUGCCAUCUCUGACAACAACGGCAGCAGCGCCAACGGCACCUCCUCAGCAGCCGCACUAUCCUCCAAAGCCACCUGCCCAUCCUACCCAACGAACGCCAUCAUAGCAGGCUUCUUCCCCGGGGCCAUCUUCGGCGCUGUCCUAGCCCUUCUAGCCGUCUUCCUCUACCGCAAACACCAGCAGAAACACCAACCCCCCUCAGCCAAAGUAGCCCAAUUCACGCGCCGCUCCUCGAAAGGCACCCUCAUCGGCAUCUCCUCCCCAAUCCCCUCCGACGAGACCUCCUACCGAACGGACUUCCUCCUCCGCCGUAACCGCAACACAAAGCGAUACUCCGAAGGCGCUCGCUCACGCAUCCAACGCACCGGGACCCGAGUCCGGACGAUGCACGCUCGUGUACCAGUGCCUGUUCCCCCGCUACCCAUCUCCGUAACGCCGUUGCAACCUGGACGGACGCCUUCGAAGAAGACACUGGCCCGUACGGAGAGCAUUAGGGUGUAUACACCGCCAGGCGUGUUUGCUACAACGGGUGUGUUGAAACCGGAACCGUAUCCAACGCAUAUAAGAACGGAGGGGACGUUUGAUGAUAUGGAGAAGUGA